AUGUCCCAGGUAAUAUUCCCCUACCCUGCAAUUAAACCCAGCGUGGCUCAUCACAACUUCAAAACGCCAGGUACCUCCGAUAUCUACGAGCAAAACAGCGAGGCGAGCGACCAGACCCUGGGCGCCUCAGGCCUUAAAUGUGACUGGUCGGGCAACCAGCCGAUUAUCCUCGUCCCACAACCGAGCGAUGACCCAAACGACCCGUUGAACUGGCCGUUAUGGCGACGCGAUAUGAUCCUUGCCAUUCUGUCCUUCGUAACCAUCCUCUGCACAACCCUAAGCUCCAUCCUCGCCGCCAAUACCGUCACCAUCGCAGAUUACGAGGAAAUAACGUUCACAGCAGCCGCUCUGUUGACUGGAUAUCACCUGUGCGGUGUCGGUGUGGCGGGGAUUCUCAUUGUACCAACGGCUCGAGUCUGGGGGAAACGUCAUCUGUUCCUAAUCGGCCAUGUGUUGAUGGUUAUUAGUUGUAUCUGGGCUGGGGUUAGUGGAAAGAACCAGAAUAGUCUCAUAUGGGCACGGGUAUUCCAAGGUGUUGCAUUGGCGCCGUUUGAGGCGUUGGUCAAUGCCUGUGUUGGAGAUCUUUAUUUCGUUCAUGAAAGAGGAAAGCGCAUGGCAGUAUCCAAUGUCGCACUCUUUGGCGCAGCCUUUCUAACGCCCGUUGUGGUCGGGAAGAUCACCAAGUCCAUGGGAUGGCAGUGGUCUUUCUACUUUGUCGCAAUUUUCCUCGGCGCUUCGUUGCCACUGAUGUUCCUUUUCGUGCCUGAAACUGCUUUCCGGCGCUCUGAUUACUUGAACACCGACUUCAAGCGAACUGGCGGACAGGGAGAGUCCAUGGAGUCUCAUGCUUCGCUCAGUGAAGUGUCCAAUGAUGAUACCAAGGAGCUUAGACCGGUGGAAGCUGGUCUAAACGAAAUCCCGAGAACUGAAGCCGCGACAACAGUCCCCGAGAAAGAUUCCUUCGCUAAAUCGCUUAGGCUUUUCAAUGGACGAAAGACAGAUGAGAGCUUUUUCAAGCUGCUACUUCGUCCAUUCCCGUUGUUCUUCCAUCCGGGCAUCUUCUGGGCUUGUCUUAUCCAAGGCGUUGUCAUCGGAUGGGCGGUUUUCGUUGGUGUGGUUCUAGCAAUUGUGUUCCUUGGACCUCCGAUGUGGUUCGAAGAAGACAAGACUGGAUAUCUUUACACGGGUGCCUUCAUCGGUUCCGUUGUGGGUCUCAUUCUGUCUGGUUUGCUUUCUGAUUCCAUCAACAAGUUGAUGAUCCGGCUCAACCACGGCAAAUACGAGCCUGAGUUCCGGAUCCUUUUGGUGAUUCCUCAGCUCAUUUUCUGUGGCAUCGGACUAUACGGGUUCGGAUGGACUGCAAAUAAUGUGAUGCACUAUGGCUGGCUACUGCCAGACGUAUUCUUUGCAUUCCUGAUCGUCGGUAUGGUAAUGGGGGCUGUUGCUGCUUCACUAUAUAUCGUCGACGCCCAUCGCGAGAUGGCCAUCGAGGCAUUUACCUGCAUGCUGGUUUUCAAAAACAUGUUCAGCUUUGUACUGACCUUUUUCGCCUACAAAUGGUUUGCACACGGGGGCAUCAAGCAUACCAUGAUUAUCAUCGGUAGCAUCCAAGUGGGCAUCUGCUUGUUAAGUAUUCCCAUGUAUGUCUUUGGGAAGCGGAACCGGUCUUUCUUUGCGCGUCAUGACAUCCUCGAGAUGCUUCAUCUCCGGUAA